GCUCCCGAGAAGCCCGGGCAAGUGAGGCUCCACAAAGUUUGUCCGCUCCGGGGCACCGUAGUUGCUUUACCCCGGCUGAGCGGCCGGGCCGGGCUGGACGGCGGAGCUCGCCUCCGUGUAGGGGUCCUUGAUGGCUGCGGUGUUUCUAGUAACGCUCUACGAGUACUCGCCGCUUUUCUACAUCGCGGUGGUCUUCACCUGCUUCAUCGUGACCACCGGCCUGGUAUUAGGAUGGUUUGGUUGGGAUGUUCCAGUAAUUCUGAGAAAUUCAGAAGAGGCCCAGUUCAACGCAAGAGUUUUCAAAAAGCAAAUGAGACAAGUCAAGAAUCCUUUUGGCUUAGAGAUCACUAAUCCGUCUUCAGCUUCAAUUACAACUGGCAUAACUUUGACAACAGAUUGCCUUGAAGAUAGCCUCCUUACAUGCUACUGGGGCUGCAGCGUUCAGAAAUUAUAUGAAGCUCUGCAGAAGCACUUUUAUUGCUUCCGAAUAAGCACGCCCCAAGCACUGGAAGAUGCUCUGUACAGCGAGUAUCUCCAUCAAGAGCAGUACUUUAUUAAAAAGGACAGCAAAGAAGAAAUAUAUUGCCAGUUACCAAGAGAUACUAAAAUUGAAGACUUUGGUACAGUGCCUAGAUCUCGCUAUCCAUUGGUAGCACUGUUGACUCUAGCUGAUGAGGAUAACCGAGAAAUUUAUGAUAUUAUUUCCAUGGUGUCAGUAAUUCAUAUUCCUGAUAAGACUUAUAAACUUUCCUGUAGAAUAUUAUAUCAGUAUUUACUCCUGGCUCAAGGUCAAUUUCAUGAUCUUAAGCAACUUUUCAUGUCUGCAAAUAAUAAUUCCGCUCCCUCCAGUAAUUCCUCUCCGGAAGACAAAAGUGCAGACCGAAGUCUGUUGGAAAAGGCUGGACUGUCUGAAGGCGAGCUGGAGCCUCCUGAGGAGAGCAGCAGGGACUGUGUCGUGUGCCAGAACGGGGCUGUGAACUGGGUGCUGCUGCCGUGUCGGCACGCGUGCCUGUGCGACGGCUGCGUCAGGCACUUCCAGCAGUGCCCCAUGUGCAGGCAGCUUGUUCAGGAAUCCUUUGCACUUGGUAGUCAAAAGGAGCAAGAUAAAGACAAACUGAAAAAAACUCUUUGAGGAUGUCAUUACAUCCUCAAGUUGAGAAGUACACUUUCCACUGAAGAUGCAGAAAUUUGUGUUCUUGGAAUUCAUCAUAACAUGGAAUCUACAGUGUUGACCAUCAACAAAAAUUCUAUUUUAACUUCCUGUUUGUAUGGAUGGUGGCAAUUAAUUAUUUCUUCUUGUUCAGUAUGGUGAAUACUGGAAUACUAUCUGUGUUAAUACAUAAAAUUCAUUCAACUCUUGAGAAGAAUGUAAAUGUUUAGCCUUUUAUCAGCUAGAGGGUUUUGUAUAAGGUUGAUUAGAAAAAUUCUGAAAAGCAAUCCAUCAAAAAUUUCUGAGGAGGUAAAAGUCUUAAGAUUUCUGAAUGUUUUCCUUAGAUGUAAUCUGGAGUGCAGUUGAGAAAAAACUGAAUUCUUCUUAAAGUAAUUGUAUGUUCCUCACUUUACAAAGGAGUUGAAAAGGGCUUCUAACUUUAAAUCCUUUCCUGAAAUAUCAGUUUUUAUAAAUAUCCAUCUAUUUGGCUUCUAAUUUUCCUUAUAAUCAUAGUCACAUAAACUCAUCUUAAUUUUUAAAUAUAGCUUAUUAAAUCAUAAAUGCAAGAAACAAUUCUUGACUGCUCUCAGUUUGUCAGAUUAAAAUGAUACUCAUUUAUAGGAAGCAGAUAUAUAAAACAUGGAUAAUAAAAUUUCUUGGAUAAUUAAA